AUGGAUCAACAAUCUCGUUCAAGCAGUGUUCCGCUCAUCCACUUGGAGGACGAUGAUGAUGCCAAUCUACAAGACGACUUGAUAUCUGCUACUAGGCUGCCGCGGUCUUCAUUCAGUCUUUCAUCCAUACAGCCCGUGAUAUCAAGACCAACUUCACCUCAAAUGCCGUUAUUGUGGCACAAUAGCACGGAGCAAGUGCCAUUAAACGAUACAGAUACAACGAGCAGCAGCAGCAACAGCAGCUGCGACCUAGACGACAGUGAAUACGACAUGAAUACAGACAACGAGGAUGAUGAUGAUACGAUCAGUGCCAGUAGCGACGAUGAAACCAGUAUCGCUAUCCCAGGUCGAAAGACACUGAUGGCGUCCAAGAUACAUCAGCUCAAUGCAUCUGUCAUGGACCUAUCGUCGGAUAUACUCUAUGAGGAUAUUUGGAUUGAUUCGCCUGUAUUUCACGACUAUUUAUCCUCGUUGGAAACAUGGCUCUACCAUUACCUGACUUGGCUGGAAAAAGUAGAGCAAUGCAGACAGUUGGAAAUAGCCGAAGAGUGCAGCAAUUUGAACUGGCCAAAUGGUACAAGGCCCUUGGAUGAAGAUGAGAUUUGGGACAAUGAAGAUAUCCGAUCUGUUUUACCCUUCCUCAGAAAACAUGGCUCCAAAAUCAAGGAAACAUUAACGCAUUUUGAAGGCACUGUCACUGCCUCUCGACUCAAGCAUGUCCAACUAUCCAACAGCUACUGCGCUGCACAAAAGUUGAAGACAUCCCAAGCCAACAACAAAUCACUGGAUGAAAUCAGUACCUCUUUGUAUGUGGCUAAACGAUCUUUGUGCAAAGUACUGCUCGAGUACAUUUACGCACUGAAUAACUUGAUUCGCUCAACCAGGAAUCUUGUUAAUGACAAGCUGAGGCCAUUGUUUGAAGGCCUGCAAUCAGACAAACACAGAAACCUCAAGACAUUGGAGGAGCUCGUCCUGAUCUCCACUGAUUUUGUGUACGAUGUUAAUUCCAAGAAAUCCACUUCCAACACAUCAUUCACCUCUAGCAACAAUUCCAGUGAAGACGCCAGACCUGUCAGUCCAUCGCCCGUGUCUCGCUCCUCAUUUGAAGAUUACCACGAACUAAACAAUGAGCGGCUCUCUUACUAUAUCCAGGAAAAACUCGCUUCUUACUACACCUGUCUCAAGAACUCACUAAAGCCACCGCCCAACGAGAACCUGACCAGGGCCAGGCCUUCCUCGCCCACUUUACUGAUCCCAUUUACGUUCCUAAACAAGCCAAGAGUUGUCACUACUGUUGUCGUUACAAAUCUAAGAACUGCAAGUGUGUAUGCAUCAGAAACUGAUAAACGAGAUUUUGUCAUUCAAAUUGCCUCGCAAGGCACCAGCAACAUUAUGAGCCUUCAAGCAGAAACAGCGAUCGAUUUCUCUACUUGGUUGCAAGCACUCAGAUCUUGGAAUCCUCAGCAAGUAAAGACCAGCAGUGGGAAUACAAGAAAGAUAUCGCAACACACGCCCUCCUCUGCGGCCUCUGCAAACAAACGCGUGGCACACCCUCGUUACUCAUCCACAGGGACAGCAGGUAGUAGCAACAGGACCUUUCUCACCAAGAAAUCAAGCUUUUCUGCUGGACAGACGUUACAAAUGGAUCUACCUUACAGCAAAAAAGGAAAUAGCAUUGACAUUUUAUCACCUUCGAAUCAUAGAACAAGCCCAACCAACUUUGUAAACAACGGGGAGAACAACAAUGGCGAACUCUUGUUUGGCUACCCUAUCCCUGUAACAGAGUGCCCCAUCAACUGCUGCAGCACUACAGGCACUGUGAGCCAAGCCAAACUACAGAUGACAGGCUUGUUCAGAAUACACAAAUUAUGUAUCAACAAAUUAAGCUGCACUUCGCACCACACAGGUACAUUAUGCGUACUUCAUGUGUCACUAUUCCAAGAUGGUAUGCUUCAUCUGCAGACAGAAAAGGAUGACAACUCCUUUUUCCAUCGUCCUAUUCAGCUCUCUACAUUGGCGCCUCAAGACAUUUACCCAUUCUCUGAUUCCAUUGACCAUAUGCGCUACUGCAUCGUGAUUCGACCUUUACCCUCAGAAACCUACCAUCUCAUGACGUGCAGUAAAGUCCAACGAGAUGCAUGGCUGGUCCAUCUCAAGAAUUGCACCAACAAUGCCAUGAUGUCCAUCCCCAACUCAGUGUCCACCUGUCGCAAUAUAUUCAGCUUGACGGUAAGGAUUGCAGAAGCCCGCAAGUUCCAGGUGAGCCACAAGGACUCUAUCCAUAGUGAACUCUACUGUGAUAUUGUCAUCGACAAUGAAAUCCGUGGUUUGACCGGAUCGCUGAAAAAGACAUCAACCUUGUUUUGGAGGGAGGAGUUUCUGUUUAGUGAUAUCUCGAGAAUGAGGCAUGGUGUUACUAUCACAAUCUACUCCCGUAGUAGUAAGAAUGAUCGAGAAACUGUGUACGGUACCGUAUUUUUGCCCGUAUCACAGAUUGAUCCCAGCAACGCCAUCCAUGAAGAGUGGUAUGAAGUCAGAAAGGAGAGUAGAAAUAGAGCAUUUGCCUCUUUGACGAGUUUGGGAUCUAGUCAUGGCUCUAUGGGACAAUUACGAGUGGGUCUGUUACUAGAAGAGCAUCAGGUGUUUUCGUUGGAUGUAUAUCAACCCCUGAUGGAUGUGCUUACCGAGUUCCGACAUGAUAUUAUCUAUGACAUGGCUAGAAAGACAUCGGACGUACAAGGUUUAGCCAAGAACCUACUUCGCAUUUAUGAAGGCAUGGGAUUGACGCUGACUUGGAUUAAAUCAUUGAUUGAUUAUGAAGUCUCCUCUUUAAGCUCAGAUGAUGUUAAUAUCUUAUUCAGAGGAAACUCCUUCUUUACCAAAGUCAUUGAUAAUUACAUGAAAAUGAGUGGAAUGGAAUUCUUGGAAGAAGCGCUGCAAUUUACUAUUCAAAAGAUUUGCAAGUUCAGUCUCCAUAUAGAGGUGGAGUCGUCUCGCUUAUCUAAUAGUACCACAGAAAAUACCAUGGCCAACUGCUCAGAGCUAUUCAGUCAUGUUAGGUCCAUCUGGAGUGGAAUUCAAAGAGCCAAGACCAAAUGUCCCAUUGAACUAAGACGUAUAUUUGGCCAUUUACAAUCUGCCAUUGUCAAGAAGUUUGAUUUAGGAAAAGAAACAUUAGAUAGGCAUCAUCAAGUAGCGAGGUAUACUUGUGUUAGUGGGUUUAUAUUUUUGAGAUGGAUCUGUCCUGCCAUCAUUUCACCCAAACAGUUUGGGCUUGUUCAAGAUCACCCUGAUACAAAGACCUGUCGCACGCUGACGUUGAUUGCCAAAUGCUUAAUGACACUAGCAAGCCAUAGCACCAUUGAGCAAAAUGCCAAAGAACCCUGGAUGGUUCGACUAAAUGAAUUUGUUCAAAACAAUACACACCAUUUCAUGAACUUUAUUAACUUUGUAUCUGUGGAUGACGAUGAUCUUGUGGAUAAAAACGAAGGCAUCUUACUCCUAAGACACAAGCAAGAGGAAAUCAUUGCACCCUAUUUCAUUGAUUUGGCAUUGGAGCUGUCUCAAUUUACAACGUGGUGCUCGCAAGAAUGCAAUGUCAUCAAUACCAUCACACGUACCUGCAAAUCGAUUGUCGGACUACAGAGAAAUCCCAGCAGAAGGACACAUCAACAGCUUAAAGAAGCUACCAGCGCCGUUGUUCAUGCAGCUACAACUCAUGUUAUUCAUGCAGAGGAAAUCAUGUUGCAACAACAAAGAAGGAAAACACGACCUCAGCCUUGGCAAUAUGGAGAUGAUUAUCUUGCCGCUAAUGCUGGUAGUGGUGGCAAUAAGGACGAGGUGCUGAACAUUGCAGUGCGCUCUUCAUCAGCAACAGAAUAG